AUGUACAAAGCGCAAGCUCUCCAUGCUUGCCUCAUCAAGCAAGGCCUUCACAGCCAUGCCUAUCGAUGCAACCUCCUCCUCCAAUCCUACGUCAAGUCCAAUUCCUUGUCCGAUGCCCAGAAGCUACUUUCCACCAUGCCCGUCGCCAACGCCGUCUCCUACAACACCGUCUUGUCCGGCUACUUCAGCUCUGGUUCAGUCGCCGAGGCUCUGAACCUCUUCGAAUCUACCCAUGGGAAAGACUGCCAGUCGUGGAAUAUCGUCAUUUCUGGGCUUGCGAAAUACAAUUGGCAUGAGCGGGCAUUGACCCAUUUCUUGAAGAUGCGAGACUCUGUUGUUAGGCCGGAUGCUGUUACGUAUUCGAUUGUGGUUCCUUGUUGUGAACUGGGGUUGGGAAAACAAGUUCAUGGAGAGAUUGUAAAGAUGGGCGUAGGUUCAGAUGCCUUUCUGGGGACUAACUUGAUGAAAAUGUAUGGGGGAGCCGGGGCUGUGCAUAGUGCGAGGAAGGUGUUCGGCGAAAUGCCUGAGAGGGACUUAGUAGCGUGGAAUGCUAUGAUCUUUUGUUUCUCUAAGCACGGAGGUGGUGACACUUGCGUAGAAUUAUUUCGCAAGCUUUGCAGAGAAGGAAUCCAGCCUGAUGAAUAUACCUAUGCCAUUAUUUUAAAUGAUUUUGUGUCGCAUGCCCAGCUGUUCGAAGCGAUGAUGGUGCAGUCAGCAGUUACUCGCCGUGGGUACCACUCUGAUUGCUUUAUAAACAAUGCCUUGAUCGACUUGUACUUUAAGUGCGGAUUUGUUGCUUCUGCUUUCAAGUUGUUUGAGGAGAUGGCCAACCCGGAUCUUGCUUCUUGGACAACAAUGAUAGUUGGGUUUUCACAGAGUGGGCACAUGGAACUUGCAGAGUCAUUGUUCCAUGAAAUGCGUAUCCAAGAUAUCAAGCCUAAUUCUUUCACCUUCGGUGGUCUGCUUAGUGGUUGUGCUACCUCCAAUGCAUUGCAGUGGGGAAAGCAACUGCAUGCACUUGUUUUGAAGUGUGGACUAGAAAACGAGGUGAUUGUUGGAAGUUCACUUUUAGAUGUGUAUUCCAAGUGCAGCGAGAUGGACAAUGCUUUAAAAGCAUUUAGGGGCCUCUCUGAAAAAGAUAUUGUUUCGUGGAAUGGAAUUAUAUGUGGGUAUGCUGCAAAUGGCCAAGCUGAAGAGGCUCUGAAGCUUUACAAUGAGAUGUUGAGAGAAGGAUCACCGGGUGUUUCCCCGAAUGUUGUCACUUUUGUGGGAGUUCUCAGUGCUUGUUGUCAUGCUGGCUUAGUGGAGGAAGGUUGCCAUCAUUUCAUUGAUAUGGUUACUAAGCAUUGCAUCAGGCCCACUGUGGAGCAUUAUACGUGCAUAGUUGAUUUGCUUGGGAGAGCAGGACACUUGGAGGAAGCUGAGGCUCUUCUUCUAAGCUUGCCUUCUGAGCCUGAUGUGGUAAUAUGGGGAGCGUUGCUUGGAGCCUGUAAAUUACAUGGGAAUUUAAGAAUGGCAAGACAUGUUUCUAAACAUCUUCAUGCUAACGAACCAUUUAGCUCGUCCAACUAUGUGCUUCUUGCCAAUUCUUAUACAGACAGUGGCAGGUGGGGUGAAGCAGUAGAAGUUAGAGAAUUGAUGCAAGCGAGAGGAGUCCAAAAGAACGUGGGAUGUUCUUGGAUUGACGUCAGGGGUUGCAUGCGUUUGUUCCUUUCUGGUGAUAAGUCACAUCCUUUAAUUGAUACUGUGCGCGAAGUCCUCAAGAGAUUACAUUUGCAUAUUGAUGAAGUGCUCACAAUAAGUUAG